AUGCCCAGGGUGGCGGAGGUGUUCCUGACAUCCGACUACGCGGCUCGUGGCGUGGAUAACAGCAGAGCUUCAUUCUGCCGCUACAUACAACACAAAUCAUGGAGAGCCCGUGGUCAUCGUCAACUGGCACCAAGAUGCCGGCUACUGAAAGAUAAAUUCGCCAAUUCGAUAGCGACAUCUUUACAGCAAUUCUCCAGUCCCCUCGAGCUGUGCUCCUCCUUUAUACGAUUUAUCCUUGACUAUGCACACGAUGAACUAUCGAGUACGUCGGUGGACGUUGCAAUUCUCCGAGAAAUUCUGAGCUUCGUUCAAACCAGCUUGCUUCGGAAUGAGAACAUCAACACCGUUUUGACCUCUACGAAUGGCGACCCCGCCGUGGAUCGCUCGAUCCUGCGCACAUACUUCCAGGCUUGUGCCCUGGCCAACCACCGAUGCACCAUGGGGACCAGUGAGCUCCUGUCCAGCGCACAAAGAGGCGAGGCAAAGCUGUUUGCGCUAUUCAAUGGCCAAGGGGUAGAGAGCUACUUCGAGGAGCUUGUGGAGACUUAUAGCAUCUAUGAAGAACACCUUAUACCCCUUGUGCAUCUGAUGUCCGAGAGGCUCGUCCGCCUGGCUGCGGAUGACCAGUUCAAGGACAUCUUCCUGCAUGGACUUGAUGUCCAAGCCUGGCUCAGCACUCCGGAAACCUGUCCUCCUAUCGAUUACCUCACCACAGCGGCCGUUAGUCUGCCGCUCAUUGCUGUCUCCCAGAUGGUGCAAUAUGCCGUUGCAUGCAUUAACCUGGGUGUUACACCGGGAGAGAUGCGACAAUUCCUGUCUGGGGCAAGCGGCCAUUCCCAGGGAGUUGUCGUAGCCGCCUUCAUUGCGGCUGCUGCAUCGUGGGACGGCUUUUAUACUGCCGCGCGACAGGUGAUUGAGGUGCUCUUUUGGAUCGGUGCCCGUUGUCAACGAACUAUAGGUACCACGAGUCCUACGUCCGGCCUGGAGACAUCGCCCCCGUCGUACAUGCUCAGCAUCCAGGGAAUUUCACAGACUGCGUUGCAGAGACAGAUCGAGCAAAUCAAUGCACAACUCCCCGCACAGCAGGCUGUGCAUCUCGCUCUGGUAAACGGACCACAACAAUUUGUCGUCGCCGGGCUGCAACCAUCUUUGCAGGCACUAGAAAGAAUCCUUCAGCUGCCAAAGAAUGGUUCAUCAUCGGCCAACACUAACCCGUCUCGGAUUCCCUUUCGCCAACGCGCUCCUACAAUAAGCACCCGCUUCUUACCCAUCGGUGCCCCUUUCCAUUCCCCAUACCUAGAGAAGACGGAGAGUUUGCUUCUCCAAGACCUGGCGCCCUUCACUCUCCGCGGUGUUGACUUAGCCUUCCCUGUCUAUCACACGGAAACGGCUGAGAAUCUUCAGAGCAGUGAGAACCUCAUUCCCCAGAUCACACAGAUGAUUUGCACUGGUCGGGUCCAGUGGGAGAUGCUCCAGCAGAAAGUCUUGCCUGGUUUCACCCAUCUCUUGGAUUUUGGACCUGGAGCAGACGCUGGGAUCGGCAGUCUUGUCGGCCAGCAACGCGAGGGCACAGGCCUGCGGACUACGGUUGUCUCAGCUCACCGGGGAACGAAUCCAAUUUUGAGCUACGCGGGUGACUUUUACGCCCGGUAUGCCGCGGUCAAAUACAGCCCUGCCUGGUCCACGGAUUACGCCCCAUCCCUUGUUCGCUUACCCAUCGCCACCGAUCCUCAAAUCCUAGUCGACACCAAGUUCACUCGCCUCAUCGGCCUUCCUCCGGUCAUGGUGGCCGGGAUGACCCCGACCACAACGUCGCCCGACUUUGUAGCGGCAAUACUCAAUGCCGGAUACCACGCCGAGGUAGCUUGUGGCGGUUUCCCCGACGCUGACAAGAUGCGUGAGGGUCUUAUGUCUCUCGCUUCGGCCAUCGCUCCGGGUCGAAAGAUCACCUGCAAUGUGAUCUACGCGAACCCGCGCGCAAUGGCGUGGCAGAUCCCCUUGCUGGCUGAAUUGCGGCGAUCAGGAGUUCCGAUCACAGGAUUGACAAUUGGGGCUGGGGUACCGUCUGCUGAGACUGUGCAAGGCUAUAUCGACGAGCUGGAGUUGGAGCACAUUUCUCUUAAGCCGGGGUCCAAGGGCGCAAUUGAUGCAGUGCUGGAAAUUGCACGUGUUCGUCCUGAUUUCCCAAUUAUCCUUCAAUGGACUGGCGGCCGCGGUGGAGGCCAUCAUUCCUACGAGGAUUUCCAUGAGCCCAUCCUUGACCGGUACGCGCAGAUCCGGGCCUGCUCCAAUGUCAUUUUGGUGGCAGGCAGCGGCUUUGGCGACGGAGAGGGGUCCUACCCUUAUUUGAGUGGCACGUGGUCUGAGACCUUGUUUGGUCGGCCUAGAAUGCCAUUUGAUGCCAUUCUGCUGGGUAGUAGGGUGAUGGCCGCGCAGGAAGCACAGACAAGCAUCGCUGCCAAACAAGCCAUUUGCGAUAUCCCUGGUGUUGGGGACUCGGAGUGGGAAGGCACCUAUAAGAAGCCUACGGGUGGCAUCCUGACCGUUCGCUCCGAGAUGGGAGAACCCAUACACAAGGUGGCCACACGAGGUGUGAAGCUCUGGGCAGAAUUGGACCGGAAUAUCUUCAGCCUCCCCCGCGAGAAACAGAAAGGCGCGCUGCUAGCUCGCAAGGAGUAUUACAUCCGCAGGUUGAACGAAGAUUUCCAGAAAGUGUGGUUCGGACGGGAUGUUACUGGAGCCGUGGUCGACUUGCAAGAGAUGACCUAUGCGGAGGUUUGGCAGCGGAUGGUGGAGUUGCUAUAUCCGUCACAUUUACAGGCGUGGAUUGACCCUUCAUUCCGGACCUUGGUCUUUGACUGGACCCGGCGCAUGGAGGAGAGACUUGGUUCCGGUGCAGUAGCAAAUGGCAAAACGAUCCGAGCUGUCCUCCGAGACUCGUCACAACUCGACCAUCCUGACCAGUUUCAGAAGGAUCUUUUCGCCGUAUAUCCGCAAGCUAAAAAGGAAGUCAUCACUGCAGCCGAUGCCGACUACGUGGUUUUGCUUUCCCGUCGCCGCGGACAGAAGCCUGUGCCCUACAUUGUGGCCUUAGAUGAGGACCUAGAGUACUGGUUCAAGAAGGACUCUCUGUGGCAAUCAGAGCGCCUCGAAGCUGUCUUCGGACAGGAUGUUGGGCGAGUUUGUAUCCUCCAUGGACCCGUGGCUGCACAGUAUACCAGGACACCCAAUGAGCCGGUCCGCAGCAUACUCGAGAGCUUUCAUAAUUACUACAUAACUCUGACACUGCAAGAGCGAUACGCUGGUGAGGUCUCUGAGGUUUCAUUUGCGCAAAAAGCGGAGGAUAUCGAGUCGUUUCCCUUGGUGUGCGAAAGUUUUGCAAUUGAGCAAGGGAGCAACGCCGUCACCUACCGAGCCUCGGAUCUAGAUCGCCAGCCUUCUUGUGAACAGUGGCUGAAAACCCUCAGCCAAGCAACGCUCGCCCCAUGGUGCCGUGCCAUGUUUACAGAGCCGAUAAUUGUCCAGGGUGGAAAGCGGUCCAGUAACCCCCUUCAUCGACUAUUUGCCGCAACGGGCAGAGGGCGAGUCGUCGAAGUGCGGAAUCCGCAAUCGUCAGAGAUGCCGGAAAUCCUCAUCAGGGAGGUAGACUAUCAGAGAACGACGGGGAGAAAAGUACGACCGCACUUGAUCGCAAGUGCCUCUCUUAGAAGAGCUUCCCCCGAGCCUAUUAGCGAUAUUCUUAUGACUCUGAGGGAUUCCGAGUCCGUGCCCUUGGAGUUUCGAUUUCAGUACAAGCCUCAACUCGGGGCUCCCAGCAUUACCGAAGUCAAAAUUGACCGCAACUCACGGAUCAAACAAUACUAUCAGACUAUCUGGAUCGGGAGGAAUCCAUCUACAAAGACGUUACUCUCUCCCUCAGAACAGGUCUUUCGCGGCGAGGCAGUUGUCCUGACGCGAGAGAUGAUCCGACAAUUUGCACAGAGUAUUUGCAAUCACAACUCCAAGUACACAUCGGAUUCUUUGCAACCGCCGUUGUAUGCACCCCUGGACCUGGCUAUAGCGGUCGGAUGGAGACCGCUCAUGAGUUGCCUCUUUCAUCCGCUUGUGUCUGGAGAUCUUCUUCGGCUUUUGCAUUUGAAGAAUUCCUUCGAGUACUGUGAGGGGGUUGAACCAUUGAAGGAAGGGGAUUCUCUGUCUCCAGAGGGUCGACUGACCUCCAUCAAGAUCAAGAAGGGACUAGGAAAGGUCGUGGAAGCAGAGGGUACACUCCACCGAAACAGCAGGCCUGCAAUUCGGGUCAAGAGCACCUUUAUCCUUCUUGGCGAAUACCAAGACUACGAAAGUACGUUUGCGGUAGAAGAAGAGAGGUUUCUCCUCACUAUUUCUUCGCAAAAGGAUAUUGCUCUGCUGAAAUCCCGGGGUUGGCUCUCUUUGAACCAUGGUAUCGAUCUGCUGGACUAUCUCCACAAGACAAUCGAGGUUAAGACCCGGAGCCGAUACACUUUCCAAGACUCGGACAAGUACGCAGACCUGUCCGUGGAGGGACAGGUCAUUUAUCAGCCGGUGACCGGGGAGUCCCAAAUUAUAGGAUCAAUUAACCUCUCCGGUGACACCUACGUGAAAAACCCAGUGACGGACUAUCUGCGCAGACACGGUAGUCAAUCGGGGAACGAUUCUCAGGCACUUCUGCAGCCUCAAUCUCUGCUUGACGAUCUUGAAAUUACCGUUCCGGACUAUGCGGCCCAAUAUGGGCAAGCUUCGGGCGACUGCAAUCCUAUUCAUCUCUCCGAGCUGUUUGCGAGCUACGCCGGACAUGAGACCCGAGUAACCCAUGGAAUGUUCACCAGUGGAUGUAUUCGAGCACUUGUGGAAGCGCAUAUUGCGCAGGGCGAUCCCUCUCGAAUGCGCUCCUGGUCGUGCACUUUUGACGGCAAGGUUUCUCCGGGAGAUAGGCUGGGCAUCAAGGUCGACCACGUAGGCCUGUCGCACGGCAACCUCUUGCUUUCCAUCCAAGUCCACAAUACAUCUUCGGGAGUCAAGGUUCUUUCCGCUCAAGCCACGGUCGAGCAACCUCCAGUAGCCUAUGUUUUCACCGGUCAAGGCAGCCAGCAGCCGGGAAUGGGCAUGGAGCUCGAGAGGCAGAGUGCGAGUGCCCGGAUGGUAUGGCAAACUGCAGACGAAUAUUUCAGCAAAACUUAUGGUGAGGCGGAGAGACCCUCUUAUUCUCGAUUUUCCAUAUCCCAAAUUGUACGGGAUAACCCAAAGACACUGACUGUAUACUUUGGGGGCGCCAAGGGCCGUGCCGUUCGCGCGAACUACACUUCUCUUAAGUUCGACACUGUCGGAGAUGACGGCACGUUAAUUUCCAAGCGCGUCUUUCCUGAGAUCACCACAUCCUCCCGGUCCUAUACGUUCCGCUCCACCAAUGGCCUGCUGCAUCAGACGCAAUUCACACAGCCUGCUCUAGCUUUGAUGGAGAUGGCACGAUUCGAAGACAUGCGGGCGAAGGGGGUUGUGAGAGAAGACAGUCUGUUUGCCGGUCAUUCGCUGGGCGAGUAUGUGGCGUUGGCUGCAAUGGGCAGGAUUUUCUCCAUUGAGGAGGUGUCGGCCCUUGUCUUCUACCGGGGCUUGACGAUGCAGAAUGCGGUCAAACGAGACGCCGAAGGUGCUACCGACUACUCCAUGUGUGCCGUCAACCCGACCCGUGUCUCGCCAAAGUUCAGCGAGGAGAAUCUCCACUGGUGUGUGGCGGAAAUUGCCCGCAUCAGGGGAUCAGGAGGACUGCUUGAGAUAGUGAACUACAACGUUGCUAAUAUGCAAUACGUUUGUGCAGGAGAUCUUCGUUCACUGGCUACUCUCUCAGAGCUCCUGGAUGCACUCGCAUCUGGCGCCUUGCAUCUCACUAAUGUGGACGACGUGAAGGCAUUUAUCCAGAAGACUCUGACACGACUUGAGUCCUCAGUCACGGCAACAAAGAAGCGGAUAGUUUUGCAACGCGGGCGAGCAACAAUUCCUCUGAAUGUCAACGUGCCCUUCCAUAGUAGUCUGCUCCGCCCUGGAGUGGAUUCCUUCCGCUAUCUCCUCCAUAAACAUAUAUCCGAGGCAAUGGUCGAACCGGAUCGACUCAUUGGAAGGUACAUCCCCAAUCUGAUCGCCAAGCCCUUCGAGCUCUCGAAGGAGUAUAUUCAGGGUAUCAUGCAGUUGACUAAAAGUCCUGUUUUGGAAGGAGUUCUCCAGAAGAACAUAGAGCAUUGUUUGACCGAAACGAGUCUUCGACGCUUCCAUAAUUGGUAG